AUGUAUGAAGAAGUUCGCCUGUGGAAAAAUCCUCGUGAACGUGAAACAUAUGAUAAUAUGGCUGAUGUAUUUUCAAUUAUUACUACAUUACAAGCACUUGAAAAAGCCUAUAUAAAAGAUCUUGUUGAACCAGCUGAAUAUACAAAACAUUGUGAAAAAUUAUUAGCUAAAUUUACAGCAGCAUUUCGUCAAAUUGAUAGUGAAUUUCCUAAGAUUGAAGAUUUUGUUCAUAAAUAUAAACUUGAUUGUCCAGCAGCUUUAUUACGUAUUCGUGAAGGCCGUCCUAUUACUGUUCGAGAUGAUCGUGGUAAUAUGGGCAAAUCCAUUGCUGAAACAGUUUCGCUUUUUAUUAAUCUUAUGGAUAAACUUAAAUUAAAUAUUCGAGCUAAUGAUAUGCUUCAAACAGAUGUUCGUGAAUUGUUAGAUGUUAUUAAUAGAAUGAAUUUAAUUCCGUCGAAUUAUAUUGGUAGAGAAAAAAUUUCAAAAUGGUUAAAUAUAUUGGCAAAUAUGAAUGCAGCUGAAGAAAUUACUGAAGAACAAGCUCGUCAAUUUCAAAUGGAUCUGGAAAUAUGUUAUAAUGAUUUUAGUCGACUUCUUUCAUCAAAUGGAUGA